CAGCCCCACCAAGAAACAGCACUGCUUAUGCUGAAUAAUUAAAAGCAGGAAACACUCACUCUAUAAAAGGAAGCGAAUGAGUAAGAAACUCAAAGGCGGUCUGGACAGGCAGAGGGCACCAGCCUGCCUGUGCCCAGAGCUUUGAGAGUCAGCUGGCACCUGGGCGUGCUUCCCAGUUUGUAAGUCAGCAGGGAGAGGAACCCGGAGGCAGGACCAUGUGGCUGCCCCCAGCUCUGCUUCUUCUCAGCCUCCCAGGCUGUUUGUCCAUCCGAGGCCCAGAGUCCGUCUGGGGCUGGGAGAGGGAGUCGGUGAGCGUGCAAUGUCACUAUGACCCUGGAUGGGAGACCCACCAGAAGUGGUGGUGCCGGGGAGCACGGUGGGCCUCAUGCCGGAUCCUCGUGCAAACCCAGGGAUCAGAGCGAGAAGAGAAAGGAGCCCGCGUGUCCAUCAAGGACCAUCAGAGAAACCACUCGUUCACAGUGACCAUGCAGGAGCUCAGGCCGGACGACGCAGACACUUACUGGUGCGGGAUUGAGAACCCUGGAGCCAACCUGGGGACACAAAUUAAAGUGACUGUUGGUCCAAGGGAAGCUGCUCUGGCUGUAGUAGGAAGUCAGGUCUCCAGGAAGACGACCACCAGCCGUCUAGCCGCGUCCUCCCGCCCCCACAGCAGGACCCACUACGUGCUCCUGGUGUUCCUGAAGGUGCCCUUCUUGCUCGGCUUGAUUGGUGCUGUGCUCUGGUUGGAGGAACGUCAGAGGGACCCUGCGGAGCAGCGGGGACAGCCCAUCUACGCGAACUUGUCCUCUGGGCUUCUGACCAAGGACACCCCCGUUUAGACGGACAGAUGAGUGGAGCCUUCCAACACCGCACCCCAUUUCCAGAGAAAACUCAGCUGUGGACGAAACACCCCGGAGUCACAGGAUGCGCCCACCCCGCCCUGCCCCGCUCGGCUCAGGGCCACUGCUCCUGAUGUGCGGUCCCCACCUGGAGGGCCAGCAUCUUGUUCCUGCUUCUCUGGGCUGCAAGUGCCCUGCCUGGACCCACACUUGGGGUUCAGGGUUCACAGUUGGGAGCUGCUGGGCUAGAGCCCAAGUUCAGACCAUUGUGCCCCCACUGCUGGAAGAACUGGGGCGCAGGGCCGGGGACCAAAGUCCAGGGGGAAGCCACAGGGAUACAGGAGAGAGGAGGGGGCCCUCCUUCCUGAGACCAGCUCAGGGCGCUCCCUGACUGGGCUUCUGACAUAUGGGAUUUUGUAGUCUUUUUUCCUUAAGCUAGUUAAGCUGGGUUUUUUUUUUUUUUUUAAUUUAUUUUUUAAUUCAAGGAUAAUUGCUUUACAGAAUUUUGUUGUUUUCUGUCAAACAGCAACAUGAAUCUCAAGCUGGGUUUUGAUGGCUCGUGACCAUCACUUGACUUGAUGCACUCGCAUGCACACACACACACACCCCACACACACACACCCUAUACACACACACACCCUACACACACACACACCCUAAGGAGGGUGAUUCUGGGGAGAGUCCUGGUUCUGGACCGUGACAGGUUGAUGUCCCCUCUGCCCAGUGAGGACACCGCUCUGUGUCCAGGGGGCUGAGGAGGGGCCCUGGGGCUGGUCUUUGUCUUCCCCCUUCAUCCUCCCCCUCCCCUCCCCUUCCUCCUUUCCUCCUCCCCUCCCCCUCACUCUCCCCCUUCAUCCUCCCCCUCCCCACUCAGCUCUGGCUCCCCAAGCCCCCUGCCCCCCACCUCUCAGGGGCUGGGCUGCUGGGCGGCUGAGACUCAGGAGCCCGGCCUUCACUUCCCCCCUCAGCAGGACUGCAGAGUCUCCAUGGGGCCCUGGGGCCUCAGAAACCACCUCAAGGUCAGGGAAGGUGAUAUAAAAGCUGUCUGAGGAAAGGGGUGGUGUCUCUUCUAAAUAACGUGUGCAUCUGGUUAAUUAAAGUUGUCUGAGGGAAAUCUCGUUGCCUCUCUGAAGUGAUGUCCUCGGGGACUUCCCUGCUGGCUCAGUGGUUAGAACUCUGAGCUUCCACUGCAGGGGCCGCGGGUUCGAUCCCUGGUUGGGAAACUAGGAUCCCACACGCUGUGCGGCUCAACAGUUAAAAAAAAAACAGUUAUGUUCUUUAAAAUCAUCAUAAUAAUUUAAAAUGUCUGAGGGAAAGUCGCCUCUUUGAAGCGCCUCACGUGCGUCAAGGACGCUCUGGGAUUCGGUCUGUCUGUGUCACGGGCCACGGUCCUCACACCAGCAGCAGCCGCACUUCACUGAGGAGAAACAGCUCCACCUGAGACGAGUCCCUCCACACCUAGACAGGCAAGCACGUGGAUAGACACAUGUUUGGAAUGUUUCCCUUUGGCUGUUCCCCCAGCUUUACCAGGCUUCCCUGGGGGCUCAGCGGUAAAGAACCCGCCUGCCAACGCAGGAGACACAGGUUCGAUCCCUAGUUCGGGAAGAUCCCCUGGAGAAGGAAAUGGCAACCCACUCCAGUAUCC